AUGACAGACGAGAUUCGAAGAGCAUUAUGCAAGCACAAUAAGGAUAAUCCAAGCCUUACUCAAAAGCAAUUGCAAAAUGAGUUCAUAGUAACUAUGAUGAUGAGAAACAAAAGUCCAACCAAUGAAGAAGACAAAAGUGGAAAAACAUCAAAAGAGAUUGCACGAGAAGGGGUUGAUUACAUAAGUCAAGUGCCGAGAGAAAUUCUGCAUCACAUACUCUCAUUUCUUCCUUUUAAGCACUGGAUAAUUUUGGGCAUGGUUUCAAAACAAUGGCAAGAUCUUUUGCGUGAAACUCCAAUUUUGAUUUUCGACGAAAAUGAAAUUGUUUCGAAAAUGAGAAGACAAGUUCGCAGUGUAUUACAUGAAGAGCACCCUCGAAGUGAUGGGCUAGAUGAGUGCAAACAGAGAUUUGCAGGGUUUGUGAACCACGUUAUGUUACAUCACUCUAGUUGUCUCAUUAUAAAAUAUGCACGAUUAUCACUUCAAUAUGAACCUACAACAAGAUAUGCCUCAAAUGUUAAUAGUUGGGUUCACUUUUUGAUGACAAGAGAUAUAGAGAUGCUCGAGUUGAACUUUUCAUCAACACCAAACAUGUACUGUAAUCUAGGCAUUAUUGCAGCGAGGCGCACAAGAACAGCACAAACUUUUGAACUUCCUCAUCAGCCUUUUGAGCCCAAAUUUACAAGUUUCAUUUUGAGCUUCUGCAAACUUAAAGCAUUUAAAUUUGGAUGUUUCAUGAACUUAAAAGUGCUAUAUUUGAAAGAUGUGGACAUUCUAGACAGUUCUAUUGGACAACUAGUUUCAAAAUGUCCAGUCCUCGAAGAUUUAUACUUGGAGGGGUGCUCUGUAACCGAGAAAUUCUUUGUUUGUAAACAAGAUCUGAAAAUCAAGCAUUUGAAUUUGCUGAAUUGUUUGACAGAAAAGUGGCAAAGUUAUAUGAUUGACAUAUCUGUUCCACAAUUGACGAACCUGUUGAUCAAAGGAAGAUACCUCAGGAGUUCAGCCAUAAGAAAUGCAACCAAUUUGGUAGACUGCUCAAUCGACUUUGACAUGCAAUUUUCAUAUAUGGAACAGGGAAAUUUUCUAGCUUUGAUGAUGAUAAAUUUAAGAAAUUGCAAGACUCUAGCUUUAAGUAGCUGGUGUAUUCAGAAUCUUCCAAUAUUAGAUAUUGAAUUACGUCGACAACUACAUGGUUCAUUCACUAAUUUGACAAGCUUAAGGUUUGCUGUCGGUUAUGUGAAAAAAGAACUACCUGGAAUAGUCAUGUUAUUGCAGAGUUGUCCUUGUCUUGAGAGCUUGAUGUUGGAGAUUAAUCAUAAGGCUAAAGACAUCUUUUUUUUCAGGUUUGUUAAUAACACGUUUGAGCCAUAUCUACCGGAAGCUUUUCGCUUCGAUAACUAUCUUGAGAGUCUGACUCGAGACAUCUUUUGUCUACAAAACAGCCUCAAGGUUCUUAAAAUAUACGGGCUGAUGGGACGAAACGAGGUGAUACAUCUAUUAGAAUUUCUACUCAGAAAGGCACUAGUGUUGGAGAAUUUAGUCAUAUACCAUGAUUUGCCAGAAGAAUGUGGAACUCGAGAAUCAGCCCCGAGUAUUCGUGAGUUGCACAAGAGACGCACAUUGCAAGCACUAAGGGAUUUACCAAGGGCAUCUUCUGUUGUUCAAGUUUCUGUGGAAAAAGUUGAGUUUUGGGAUGAUUAG